UUUUGCUGACCAGAACAUCCUGGCUGUCUCUCCAGCGUCGGCGUCGGCGCUCCAGCAGCUGCUCCUCGAGCGAGGAUGGUUGUCCGAGUUGCUCAGCACGAGCGAUGCAGUGGGUCACCUCACACAAAGCGACAUGUCACGGUCGUCUCUGCUCGAUGGGCAAUCAACAGAUCGAUGUGCGGUUGUGCUCGUCGAUGCAGGCAGCAAUGAAGACAAUGUUGAUGGAGAUCCGUUUGAAUAUGCGCAGCUGGGUGUGGCGCACGUGCGCGCACUUGUCAAACAGCUCAGCCAGCAACUCAGACUUGGACUCCACCCUUGUCAGAGCAACGACUGCGCUCUGCAUGAUGCUGAAUAUGAUGAUCAUGAUCACGAUGAUGAUACCAGGGAGGGCGUUGAGUGGACGGCUGAGGCCUCAACUGCUCAGACAGCAACAACCAGCAGUCCGCCACGAUCGGGCUGCACUGCGCUGCUCCUGCCACCGGUCGGCCAGCAGACGUCAGCAGCCGUCCAUCUCUGUGCCGUGCUCACGUUCUUCGCCGUGGCAGUGACGCCGUCCGUUGGUCCGUUCUGGCCGCUCGCCGUCUCGAUCGCGCCCGCUCAAGCUCCAAAGGUGGCAUCAUCAUCAUCAUCAGUAUCAUCAUUCUCAUCAUCAUUCUCAUCACCAUUAUCAUCAUCCUUGGAAAGUGCUCGAGAAGUCUCCGUGAGUUCAAGUCUACCAAUUCCCAGCCAACUGCCAUCUGCAAUGAUUUCAACUGAAUCGCCAACUCGAAAUCCAACUCCAACUCCAACUCCAAUGGCUCCUGGUGAACAAGCAUCUUCGAUAAAUCCUGCUAUAGAGCUGCCAGCAACCCAAUCUGCUGAAUUUCCGCUCAAAUCGCCAGCCGUGCAGCAAUUGAUUGCCGCCAUGCCUGCUAGGUUUGUGUUUGACGCGUCAACCGCACGUGAAGCACUCACGACCAUUCGUGCAGCCGUUCUGCAUAGUGAAAGUGUGUCCAAUCUGCGAGAUUGCGCAGCAAGCCUGACUUUUCUGCCGCUUCAGCCGCCAAACUUCCAAGUCGGAACUCCGCUCCACCUUCCAGUCCAACUUGCUGAUAUGGACGUUGCUCGGCUCUGCGCUGCCCUGCCAAGCAUGCAUGGCGUGUGCAUUCUCCACCAUUCAUGCCGAACUGUGCGCGCAUUCGACCCUGCGUUGGCUUAUCUCAUGUCCACGUCGGGAUCCACGGGCACUCCCAAAGUCGUUCUCGUUCCAUCAACAGCCAUUGCCACGAAUGUGUCUGAACUGGCCGCAACCCUUCCAGGAGGUGCGGACGACCGGAUGCUGGCAGUGGCACCUCCAACGUUCGAUCCGUUUAUCAUUGAAAUUGCUUUGGCUUGCAUCCGAGACGCAACGCUCGUCAUUCCUGCGUACUCCAUCCGGCGCAAUCCCCAAAAGCUUGCUCGAUUGAUCUCCGAAGGCGGCAUCCAUUGGCUGCAAUGCACCCCUUCGCUGCUGGCUCAGCUGAGCCAGCAAGAGAGGUUGGCCAUUCUCGACUCGUCACUUCGCACGUUGAUUCUGGGAGGAGAGCCAUUUCCUGCGUGGCUUCUGCGCUUUCUCUUCACGAACCAAGAACGCUUGUACUCGUCUCUUAGUGUCUGGAACAUAUACGGGACAACCGAAUGCUCGGUGUGGUCGACUGCAUUCCAACUGGAUGUCUCGAUUUUGAGCCAAGGUUUGCUCGAUGCCUUCGAGCACUCCCUCCCCAUUGGAAACCCGCUGCCCCAGUCUUGUAUUGAAUUAAGAGACUUGCAGGACUCUUCGCUCGUUCUUUGCCAUAUUUGUGGCUCCGCCGUGCACCACUCCCGCAUCGCGACGUUGGCAGAGCGCGACGGAUCCAGCACCCUGUGCGGCCAGCUCUGGCUCGGCGGUCCUGCUCGCGGCUGUCGGCUGCUCUCAGAAGCUGAAUCUGAACUCUCUCAGCAUGGCAUGCGUGACUCUGGAGACCAGGCGGAGGCUGUCUUUGACGAGUCUGCUCCAUCGACCUUCCCGCGCAUUCUGUUCCGUGGUCGUCGAGACCGUACCAUCAAACGAUUUGGCCAACGUGUCAGCUUGGACGCCAUCGAAUCAUGGCUCCGCUCGCUGCACGUGCUGCAAUCUUUUCAAACUGUCGCCUUGGUGUACGACGACCCGUUUUUAACCUUGGUUUUGAGCACCGGUUUGGAACGUCAACAAAGUGCGGCGUCUUUGACGGAUGAUUUCAACGCUCGGGCGCUUUUGUCACAUAUUGCGUUGGUUGCACCUCAGCCCGCAAUGGCACCCGAUCGAUUGCAUGUUCUUCGUGCGCCGUGCGCGUUGACUCCAAGUGGCAAAGUUGAUAUGAUUGCUUUGAAACGCCUGAUUGACAAAGACACGCAAUCCGAUUGUCCAAAGAAUGCCCCAACCUCGAGAGAGGCUCUGUGUCAAGCUUUGGAGGCCGCAUGCCCACAUCGGAUCAAUGAACUGCAUCAUGCCUUUGUCCAUUCGACGGCCUGUCGCUGGCUCGACGCUGGCCUGUCCUCGUUCGAUUUGGUGCGUCUUGCGGCAGCCGUGUCUGACUUAUUCGCCACCGUCGACAAAGCUGCCGUCCUUGAAUCCAUGUUUCAUGGCACAUUUGAAGAUCUGUGUCGCGAAUUGAUGCCGACUCUGCCCACAAAUGUCCUUCAACGCGGCCAGAAGCGAAGUCUUGAUGAGUCUCCGCCAUCCUCUAUUCGAGUGCCCAGACUUGAAAGCUCGAACUCACGCCGUAUUGGUGUGGCAUGUGGGUGUGUGUACUCCCGUGCCUCCAAGAGCAGAGUCAACCCAGCGUGUCGGCAUGCUCCACUCGAUGGACCCGCAUCAGCCUGGACGUUUGAUUUCUCGAAGUGCAUUGAUGCGUCGCCAUUGGUAUUGUUGUCCAAUCAGAAGCCAUUCGUCGCAAUUGGCUCCCAUGAUCACCAUUUUGCCCUGAUCGAGCUGCAGAGUGGCAACUUGUGCUGGAAAACCUUGCUGCCCGACCGAAUCGAGUCGUCUGCAUGUCUUUCUCCUGACGGCACCUUGCUUGUUGUUGGUUUGUAUAUUCUCACUGAUGCUAUCAAGAUGCAGCCAAGCUAUCGCACCCACGGCUGAUUUUCUCUUUCGCUUGCACUUCAUUAGGCGACUACAGCGGCGCCCUUUCAGCCAUGGACAUUAACGAUGGAGCUGUCUUGUGGCAGCAUCGCGCUGGCGACGCAAUCAAACCUUCGCCCUGUGUGGACUCAGUUUCCAACACUGUUUGGUUUGGUAGCCACGACAAGAGCCUGCGAUGCGUCGAUUGCAGCACGGGCUCGUUGAUCUGGCAGACAAGCUUCGGGAGUUCGUGGUUUUCGUCCCCUGCCAUUGACUCCGCACGCCGAGUUGUCGUGGCAGCCGAUCUCGGUGGCAGGGUUGUUGCGGUUCGAUUGCCAGCAGCGCGCCUAUCCUCGCCUGCAGAGCAUGAGGUGCUGUGGAAGUAUGAUUGCGCGGCUGCCGUUUUCUCCUCCCCCUGCUUUAGCGACGAUGGCGCUCUCGUGGUAGUUUGCACAACUGACGGUCGUAUCUUGACCUUGUUGGCGAGUUGUGGACUUUUGGUUUCCUCGGUGACUGUGCCAGCUGCGAUUUUCAGUUCGGCUGUAAUCUCUUCUGUGGCUUCCGCCCAAGCGAUCUUUGUCGGAAGUCACGAUGGGCUGCUAAAUUGCGUGGAUGCCCGAACGGGACGCUUUCUGUGGCAGCGCGGGCUGUCCUUGACCUCUUUGGGCUCUCCGGUCUACUCGUCUCCUGCACUGUUUGAGGUCAAUUCCUGUCAGUUUGUCGCUGCUGCAGCCACGGAUGGAACAGUUUGCAUUUUUCGCGCCGAUUCUGGCCAACUCGUCCAUUCGACCGCCGUCGGUGGCAUGUGUUUCUCAUCCCCUGUUGUCCAUGAUCGGCGCCUGCUGGUUGGCUCGCGUGACAACAAGUUGUACUGCCUCGUACUGCCUCAUCUUCCAGUCUGACAUUUGCUGGAUGGUUGGUGCAGAGUUGCGCAUGUCACUGUUCCUGACCGUUCUCCCUUUCGU